AUGGCGGCCGUGGCUGCAGAGCCAGGAGCUGCGGCGGUUCCGACAACAACAUCAACCGCGGCGACGGGCGAUGAGGCCCCGCCAGAACCAGGCCCGGGCGGCCCUGGACUCCCAGAAGCCCCACUGGAGUCCGACGGUCCACGGGAGUCCGGCCCGACUGUGGAGCUCGUCGUCUCCCGGGUGGAGGAUGGUGGAGACGGGGAGGAGCGCCGCCAUGUCAGGCCGGAGCUGGAGCCCGCGGCGGGAAAAGCACUAUGUGAAAAUGUCGCUACCGACGAACUGAUCAACAACUUCCCGGUGGACCGGAUGAGCAUGGACCGGUUCUCUCCUGGACUACCAGGUGAGCCAGAGGGCGGCGGAAACGUGUCGGUGCAAGCCGUGUACCACAGCAUCCUGCCGGACCCGCAGCCCUCCGUCGUCUUCCUACACUCCUUCCCGGCUCCGCCGCCGGUCACUGAGGCCGGCCUAUCCCUGGCCGAACCGGCGGAACCGACCACCAACGUGACGACGGACCGGGCCGAGACAGCGGGUCGAGACCGGGGCUACACUGUUCUGGUCCAAUCGGAGCUGAGGCCCGGGGCCGCGGAGGACGCCAUGUUGGACAGUAACGCGGACCAUCUGUCGGUGCCGGUCAGCCUGGACGUCCUGAAUCCAGAGACCGGAUACGUUAAAAACUCAGCGGGGACCGAGGAGCCGUCGGGCCGCGGCCUGCGAGACUCAUCCCCGCCCUGUCGGUCCCCGAAGAGGCGGCUGAUGACGGACACCGUGAAGCAGGAGAAAACCGCCGCAGAGGACUUGUCCCGGGCCGAACCUGGACCCGAACACGGUCUAGGUGCUUCCCCGCUCGCCUCCUUUCAGGAUCUGAGUCCUGGGUCCGAGGUCCUGGUCUCCCUGGAUCACGUCAUCGAUGACGCGCUUGUGGUGUCCUUCCGGCUGGGGGAGAAGGUUUUCUCCGGUGUGUUGAUGGACGUUUCCAAAAGGUUCGGACCGUACGGUAUUCCCAUCACGGUGUUUCCGAGACGGGACGAUCGGAGCCGACCUCAGAUGUCUCUACAGUCAGAGCCUGUUACCGACAAUGACCCGUCCACCAAACAGGAAGAGAUCAUGGUCAGCCCCCCGUCCCCUCCCCCUUCUCACCCCUGGACCUCCAAACCACCUCCGCUGUUCCAGGAGGGAGCGCCGUACCCCCCUCCUAUAUUCAUCAGGGACACCUACAACCAGGCCUUACCUCAGCCACCACCACGCAAGAUCAAGCGGCCAAAGCGGCGCUAUCGCUGCGAGGAGCCAACCUCCAUCAUGAACGCCAUCAAGCUCCGUCCUCGCCAGGUGCUCUGUGACAAGUGCAAGGGUGUGGUGUCAUCAGGUGGGCACAGAGAGGCACGGCGGGGCCCAGUGGAUCUGAGGGGCGAGGAGGCUUCUCGGCGGCGGAGGCCAGCUGAGGGACCAGUUUCCUCUGAGCUCAAACGACUGAGGACCGACGACAAGGCAGGACGAACUGCUGCUGACAGGCGGUCAUCAUCAGGGAUCUGUGUGUCAUCAUCAUCUUCCUCCCGUCGCGUCCUGAGGGGCGUGACUUCAUCUUCACCCUCGUCGUCAUCCUCGCCCAGCCACAUGCGUCUGAAGCUGAGCUCUAAGAAGAGUCUGGCCAAAGGUUCUGCCGGCGAUCGCUCCCAAACACGGCAAGUUCUCAAGAAGCUGGCAAGGAGCUCGCAGCCACCGCAUCCUCGACCCAAAGACCACAACCAGAACCAGAGUCAGACCCAGAGCCAGGACCGUACCAAGGCCGUGACUCGAGCUGCUUCCCUGCAGAACCACAACCAAAAGGUCCACUUCACCCGCCGCCUGCAGCAUCUCGCCGGUGCUGCUGUGAGUUCGAGCUCCCAUACGGCACUGCCGCCCAGAAUGCGCCUCAAACCCCAAAGGUAUCGUACCGACGACAGCCAGGCUUCCUCCUCCUCCCCGCCCAAACAGAGCUCUCGCUCAUUGCCUCCCAAACCUGCUUUAUGUCCCGUCCCCACAUCUGACGUGGUCCCGCCCAUAGCCCCACCACCUCCCUCAACCACAGCUCCUCCCACAGCGCCCCCCCCCCCCUCUUGUGCAGUCAGUCUUGCUAUGGAAAUGCAGGAGGUCUGCCUUGUGGUGGAGGAGGGAACGGAUCAGGGAGGGGGAGACGAUGAGGACAAGGUAGUGGAGCCCACCCCCUCCUCCUCUUCCUCUUCCUCUUCCUCCUCCAUGAACUCGUCCCACUCAGAGUGCAGCUCCACAGAGACCUUUGACCCACCGCCCCCUGGAGACCUGUCCUCCCCCCUAACUCCUACUCUCCCAUCCUCCUCCUCGUUUGCGCCUCAGUGCCCCCCCUCUUCCUUCCCCGUCACCCCUCCCCCCAGAGCCAACAGUGAGGAGACACAGGCUGGCGGUGAGGAGGAGGAGGAGGGAGGUGAACUGAAGAGGCGACGUAAGUCUUCCACAUCCUCCUCCUCCUCCUCGUCUUCGUCGUCUUCCUCCGUCUUCUCCAAAGCGGUGUCCAAGUGUUCACUCCCUGACGGUCGCACUGUUUGCGUUGGUGACAUCGUCUGGGCGAAGAUCUACGGUUUCCCUUGGUGGCCCGCUCGCGUGCUCGGCAUCACGGUGGCGCGGCGGGGCGACACAGGGUUGGCAGUGAGGCAGGAGGCGCGUGUCUCCUGGUUUGGCUCCCCCACCACCUCCUUCCUGCCACUGGCCCAGCUGUCACCCUUCCUGGAGACCUUCCAGUCUCGCUUUGACAGGAAGAGGAAGGGGCCGUACCGCCGCGCCAUCGCUGAGGCUGCCAGUGCUGCCAAACAGCUAACGCCUGAAGUUCGAGCUCUGCUCACGCAGUUUGAGACGUAGCAUCUGCUACUGUUAACAAAACACCCCAUCACUGCCCCACCCCCUCCAGGUAGUGGGAGGAGCUUGUCCCCAUCCCCUCCCUGGACAGAUUCCUGUCUGUCUGAGGCUCACGCAGACAGAUGGACGAUGUUUCCAUUUCUGUUUUUCUGUUGGCAGAAAGGGGUAGAGCUUCUGGGUCACUGGUCAGUGUUCGGGGGUCAAGGGGCGUGGCUUACCUCUGCAGUCUCCUCCCCAUGUUCACAGCAGUCCUCACUUCCUGUGGAGGUCAGGCGUCAGUGGCAGCGUUUCCACUCGCCAUCAAGUCAUAGCAUCAUCUUUGUUUAUUAAAGGGACGUUCUGCCAAAUUUACUCAUCAUUCGUUGUUAUAAUAAUCUUGAUAAUGUCACAGUGAUGUUAUUUGUUACUGGAGGUGUGGAGAUGACGAGGUAGGGAGGCUCUGAUGAAAGACGCGAUCCAGGUGCGUUAAGGAUCCAGAGAGUUCUUUAAGCGGUUCAUGGUCAGUUUGUUUUUUUUGAGUAAAUGGAAUCCCUGGAGAACUGCGAUGAUGAAUUCAGCCUGAUAAUUGGCUGACAGACCAGUGACAUCACAAGGUCAUAAAUCAGUAAUGUAAAAAAACACUAAUGAAGAUCCAGAUGGUAGAGCUAAGCUAACAGUUGCUAAGCUAACCGCGGCUGUACUGUACACACAGAGGUGAUCUAUUGAUGAUCAGUUGAUCAUCAAUCCUCUAAUCAAAAAGUGUGUAGAAUCAAAAUUUUUAUUUUGAUUUGUUGAAAUGUGUCGAAAGCUUCAGUCUGACGUUUUUGUCCCUCGUUGGUCUGACGGUGGCGGUGUGAAACGCUGAGCUGAUGUGUCACUUCCAGUUUAGAGUAUUCUGGUUCCUCUGGUUCUGCUGAGGAACACGUAGACUGAAAACUUUUUGUUUUUGUUUUUUUUUAACAAAGCUUAAUUUCCGUUCACAAAAAUAUCAAGAUAAAACUGUGAAACACAAAGUUGUCCAAACUGAGGUCGGAGGUCCCAAACAAGGUCCAGAGCUGAGUCUGAGUGGUCCAGACUGUCAAAGGUUUUUAUUUUCAUCAUGUGAUCGGAUUCUUCGGACAAAAAUCUGUUAGUCAUCAGUGCGGCUGCGGUGACGUCCCGUGUUCUCUGACCCACAAUCCAACAGGAACAUGGGACAGUUGUCAUGGCAACAUUGGUCCUACAAAAAUGACACAAGCUCGACUAAAACUCAGAGAAAUUGUUUAUCAGAUCCUGUCCCUGUAGUCCAGAGGCAGAUCCUGUCCCUGUAGUCCAGAGGCAGAUCCUGUCCCUGUAGUCCAGAGGCAGAUCCUGUCCCUGUAGUCCUGAGGCAGAUCCUGUCCCUGUAGUCCUGAGGCAGAUCCUGUCCCUGUAGUCCAGAGGCAGAUCCUGUCCCUGUAGUCCAGAGGCAGAUCCUGUCCCUGUAGUCCUGAGGCAGAUCCUGUCCCUGUAGUCCAGAGGCAGAUCCUGAGUCUCAGACUUUUGGGAGGCUUUAAUCCACAUUUUUAGACCAGGAUCCUGGAAUAUUUUGACCUAUUUGUGUUUGAUCAGUCAGACUCUGAUCAGCUGUUACAUUUAUUGAUCAUCACAGUUCGCCUGUCACCCCCUCAGGCUGUUCUCGUGCUGCCGUCUGACUCUUCAUUUGAAGCUCAGAGAUGUUUUAUGGAGACGAUGUCACUGACGUCUCACUCACUCUGUGUUUUAGACCCCCGAGCCUCAGUUUAUCAACAGACGGACAGAUGGACAGGUAGGACACACUGACUGUUAGACAGGACAGCUGCUCUGCUCUCUGAUGAUGGUGAUGGUGAUGAUGUUGAUGAUGAUGGUGGUGAUGAAGGUGGAUUUUCCCUCUCUGCUGUUUGUAGUUUCAGUUGUCAGACUCUUUACCGUCUGUUUGCAGAUCGGAGAUUCUGAACGAAAAACUGUUUGGACAAUUUAACGGAAACACAGACAAAAAGAAUUAAGAUAAAAGAAUCCGUCUGAGAGUCGACCUGUGUACAUGUUUUUUUCUGAUGUUUUAAAUCUAUUAAUAAACUGUCAAACUUC